CCCCUGACAACCCUAACAGCUGACGACAAUGGCUGAUUUUUAGGGUCCAAAGCAAAAUACUUUCUUAACAAUCCAACGCUCCCUGCCCACCCCAAAGACAUAAACAAAAGAAAUUUGCAACAUAAAUGCAUAUGCCAGGGUUAGGAGCUGAAACGGCAGGCGUUAGCAAGUAACAUGGACACCGCAUCACCGAGGGACACUAAUCAGAAGAACGCGAACCCAAUCGAAGCACUGAGCAAAGAUGAAAUCAUCAGCAAAUACAAAGGCCUGCUCAACAUUGCCAAGAAAGCAAAGCUUGCAAAAGAUGAACUCACGGAGGAGAAUCGCCAGCUCAAGGAGGCGCUUAAGCGUGCCGCCGAGAAGCAGAACACGCUGCCCGCCAUGGAAGAGAUGGUGCAGGACUUUACAGACAAGAAUUUAAUCCUUACAGAGCAGGUCAAUAGCUUGAAGCUCAAGACCAAAGACGAUGCCGAUCGGCUGGGACAGCUGGAGAUUGAGAACGAGAGUCUAAGGCGACAGCUGGGACGACUGAGUGAUGAAAACGACGACCUCCUGGGGGAUGUGGACCGCAUGGAGAAGGCCAUGCAGCAGGUCAAUGCCUUGGGUAACGAGCAGCGCAAGAAUCUUGAGCUCUUAGAGUUUGACAUAGUAAAAAUCAAGGAAGUCGAGGCGGAAAAUGACACCCUCCGCCAGGAAUUGCUGGCAGCGGACAAGAAAUCCGAACUGCGCGCCAGCGAACUCCAAGAGCUGCAGGAAAAGUAUCAGCAUGUCAAGGAUCUAAACUCGGAGCAGCGUAAAAAGUUCAAUUCCCUGAAGGAUCGCUUCAUUGAUGUCCACCGCAAGCUGAAGAAGCUCAAGGAGUGCCGCUGUGUCCUGCUGGAGACGCAGCACGAGUACGCGGCAUCCGUGUCCAAGUGGCAGGAGGAGAUCAUCAGUGCCUCGCAACUGCUGUGUGACAAUAUGACUUCCCUGCACGAGGAGAACGAGAUGCUGAAGAAAGAAUCGGAGCUGGUCGCCAAAGAUUCCGACAUCGAUCGGGAGCGUUUGCUGCUCAGGAUCAACGACCUUGAACGCCUGACCAAGAUUGUUAAGCAGCAGAAAAACGGGCUGGAUGUUGAAAGCCUGCUAAAGAAACUUAUCGCUGUCGAACAGUUGGCGGCAAAGGUCAGAGAGCAGCACAAGGCAGAGGUGGACAGAUUGUCUAUUUUAUUGAGCGAUCAGCAGCAAAAGGAUAAGGAAUCCUCGAAUCUGAAUAUCAGCGUGUUUGGAACCAAACUGGAUCAAUUGCAAAGCAUUGCCAAAAGUCUCCAGUUGGAGCGUGAUAAUCAGCAAGUUAAACUGGAGGACCUGGAAGCUAUUUGCGUAGAGCUCCGACAGCACAAUGAGGAUCUGCUCACGCGCUACCAUCUGAAGGAACAGGAGCACACCGAGUUGCUGGCCGAGAUGCGAGAGCUAAACGAGGCACUCAAGGGUCGUGGCGAUGUCAUCUCACGUCUGCAAGAGCAGCACGACGUGGAGGUUAAGAAGUAUCGAGAACUGGAGGUGAAUCUCUCUGAAUGCCAGCAAUCGUUGCGGGAAAAGUCUCAGAAAAUCGAGCAACUUCAGACGAAAGUCGAGGAAUUGGAGCAGGCGAAUGCGGAUGCGCAGAGUGACGUCCUGUCCACGUCGACAAUAUCACGAGCCGAGGAAUUAAGUCGUCUGCGAGAACUAGACGAGGGCUACGAGGAGAAAUACCAUAAACUGCGUGCCCUUGCUGCCAAACUGAAGAAGAAACUGCAGGAACAGGCGCAACAGCUCAAGGAGACGGAUCAGGGUGCAGCCAUGAAGGAGGAACUGGAGGCCCUCAAGCUGGCCCAGGCACAGCUGCAGCAGGAUUUGAAUUCCGCCCGAGCGGAGAACCAAAGACUAAAGUCCAAGGAGAAGACAAAGAACACAAGUGUCCUCAAUCUUGAGAUCGAAGCGGCCGAGAAGUCCCUGGCCGAUGUCAGUGCCAAGCUGACGGCCAAAUCAAACGAACUGGAGACUGUCAAGGAGGCCCUGGAGGGCAAGAAGAGCACUAUCGUUCAGCUUCGCAAGGAGAUCGCCAUACUCGAGCAGGCCAAGAACGGAGAAGCAUCACAUUCCCAGCAACUGAAGGAGCAGAUCGACCGCAUGCAAGUCCAGGUAAAAGAUGCCGUUCACGGCAAGCAGCAGGCCCUCACCCAAAACAAAGAGCUGGAGCACAGUGUGGAGCAGGCCAAGCUUGAGGCUGAACAAAUGCGUCUACAGCUGGCGGAUAGCGCCCAGCAGUACGAGUCAAAGCUGAGCAAGGCGAAUCAACUGCUGGAAAGUCGGACGGAGCAGCUGGAGGCGCAUUUGGAGCAGCACAAGCAACUGGAGACUAAUCUUAAGAAUACAGAGCGUGCCCAGGAAGAUCUUCGAGUGGAAUACACCGAAUACAAGCUCAAAGCGCAGGCCGUGCUGCGCAAGAACCAAAACAAGGGUUCCAACAAGGAGCAGGAGCUGGAGGAUGAACUGAGCGUGCUGCGGGAGAGCGAAAAGAGUCUGCGUGCCAGCAAUGAUGGCAUGGCGUCGAGACUAGCCCAACUGGAGAGCCAACUAGAGGCUCUGCAGCAGGACAAUGCGGAUCUGCAGAAACGUAGCAGAGAACUCCUAAUACUGGUGGACGAUCUGCGUCAGCAGAAUGACACCCUAACGCUGGAAAACCAACGCCAGCUGCAAUUCCAGCACGACCUUAUGCAGCAGCAUCGCCAACAAAUGGACCAAAUGGAUGUCGGCCACCAAGCACAGCUGAAACAGCUCCAACAGCAGCUAGAGAGUUCCCAGCAGAACCACAAGAAGGUGUCCUCACAUAACAAUACAGCUGCAGCGGCUGCAGAACCCAGCUUGGAGCAGGCCAAAAUCGACCUACUGAUGGAUCACGACAUCACCAUCGGUGGUCCGUCGGGCGAGACCUCUCUCGCACAACUGGCUGCCCAGCGUAAAAUCUCCACUGCCUCGAGACGCUCCCACGACUUUAUGCCACUGGACGAGCUGCUCAACACUUCUAUGAACCAAAUCAGCAGCGACACUGUUACGACCAUUUCCCACUUUGGUCGCAGCGUUUCCAUGCAGGAGGAUGACGAGGCGGAACUGGCGGCCAGAGGCGACUUCUCUGCCCAGGUUGCCCAGCUGCACGCCACCAAAGAGCAGCUGGGCAUACAGGAGAGUCGUGUCAAGCAUUUGACCUCCCUGCUGGCCGAAAACGAACAGGAUCUGGCCAAGUUGACACAAAUGAAUGAUAUGCUCAAGGAGGAGCUGCGCCGGCAGGAGCGAUCCGAGGAGCGGGAGCAGCAUAUGCAUAAUUCCGAGUACUUGAAGAACGUCUUCUUAAAGUUCCUUACCUUGAAUAAUGCGGAUGAGCGUCAGCGUUUGGUGCCUGUGCUUAAUACCAUUCUCCGCCUGAGCCGCAACGAGAUGGAGAUGCUCAACUGCGUUGCCAAAGGACAAAAGGUGUCCAAUGAUGGUAAUAAUCGCAGCUGGACUGGCUUCCUCACAGCGUGGAGCGGAGGCGGCGGCAGCAGCGGUGGAGGCCAAAAUGGGAACAGUUCUUAAAUAUUUUUGUUGAUGGUAUUAUCGCCUGUUGUAUGAUGGGAGGACACUCUAUAACAUUGGCCAGUUCUGUAUCAUAAAUGUGCUGUAAAUCUUGUACAAUUCCUUUUGUAUAAACGUAUUUUAAAAUUGUCCGUUUGAUUGUUUAUUGUAUACCAUACUUUAUACUGUACUGUAUUCAUAUAUCCAUUGUAUUGAGCGCCAUAUACAGCACUCUAUGAGCAAUAUACACACAAUUGGA